AAAUUAUUUUUUUUAAUCUCAAAAAAUAAUUAAAUGCUUAUAUAGAGUAAUAAAUAAUUCAUUUUAAUCAUAAAGCUUAAAAAAAAAUAGACAUCCAUAUUAAAAAAUUAAGAACAAUCAAUAUUUAAUCAAGAUGGCGGACUUACCGAGAGGAGCAGAUUCAAGGCCAGGUGAAGAUGGGGAAGUCAAAAGCAGAUCAGCAGAGAAGCGUCCCUCGACAGAGUCAUCAGAAGAAUCAGCACCCAUUAAAAAAUUCUCCAUUGGGCCAAAACCAAAGCCAUUAUUGAAUCAGAAAAUAAGCUUCGACUUGGGCUCACCUUCUCAAAAUAAACUCAAACCACUUCCUGCUACUGGUAAAACAAAAGCACCCAUUAAAAUGUCAUUAAAUCCCACACAGAAAAAAGAAAAAGAAGCUCCACCAGUUGUUCAGAAGAGUGCUCUUGCUGCCAAAAUAUUCAAUGACUCAGAUGAUAGUGGAGAUGAAGAGAUGCCCCCUGAAGCCAAAAUGAGGAUGAAAAAUAUUGGCAGAGACACACCCACUGCUUCAGGACCCAACUCUUACGGCAAAGGCAAGCAAGGAUUCAUUGAUCGACAUAAAAUAAUAGAGAAACAAUUGAAAGAAGAAAUGGAAAAAGUUUCAGGAGACAAUGAAAGACCUUUGAAGUGACCUAAUGUAGAUAGAUUGCUUUGUACAUUGUUGUUGUUUUAAUACAAAAGUUUGCAUCAUUUUUUAAUCCUUUUUUUUAAAUCAUUAUCAUAAAAGCUGCAGGAAUGCAGUGUCAUAUUGUAUGUUAUUCUAUGCAUGGAAGAUUGUGUGAAUGAUUUAUCACAUGAACUAAAUAAUUUGAUUAUUAAAAUGUUCACUUUGAAACAAA